AGAAUCCAUUUUUACCGAGAUUCGCGAUGCGGAAGCUGAAAGAGCGUAGCGAGAAAGCUAAUUCUCAAAGAAGAAAUUACCAGGGUCAAAGACGAUUGAAUCCACCACGACGGGUUCUGUGCUCCUACAGACACUAUUAAAAACAAUGAAGUCGUAUAUUUUAUUCCUAUUACUGGGAGUUGUGAGUGUACUUGGAAACCCGAUUGAUAAACAAAAAAACUUAUGCAAUGAGAAACUACUAUCAACCGAAACAAACGAGCCAAUAACAGAAGUGAAUUUAGAAGAUGAGAUUCUCACCGCGUACGACAAUUAUCCGCAACCAAACAAAGUAGAACUUAAAGAAGAUUUACCCAAACCUGAUUCAAGCGGAGACGGAGAAGGUGUUAAAUUCGGCGGAGGCGAAGUCGAUAUAGUGAUUGAGGAAACUGUGGCUCCAUUAAAAGCAAUGUCCGAUGCCCAGAAUGAAAUUCAAAUUGACGCAGACGAUUAUCUGCCUACGGGUAAUAAAGGAAUUGAUCAAAUUGUUGCCGAUAGAAUAAAAGACGAAAUUAUGCAAACUGCUGCAGGAUUUGCUCCAAUUCCUUUUUUUAGAAAGAAAAACAAGCGACCGUCAACACGGUUUCCCAGUCGACGACAUUCUCAAAGGUAUCCGUACGCGAUAUACAGAAGUUAUCCCUUCUAUUACCCCUACUACAGGGUUUAUCGUCCUAGCUCUCUAAGGUAUUAUUAGUGCUCCCCUAAAAUGAACGCUAUUUAAUCUAUUUAUUGUAAUUUAAUUUUUAUAAUGUAAAUUAUUGUUUUAUAUUGUAAUUCGAAUGGUGUGAAUAGUAAACAUACACGUGAAUA